CACAAUGAUUUUUCAUCUUCAAUCUCUUCUUCUGAUUUUUAUGGCCACUUUGGUGCCAACAUUUAUGAUCCCUACCUUUGCUCAGCUAAGUCAUGAUUAUUAUGACCAAGUUUGCCCUCAGGCAUUGCCAAUCAUAUACUCACUUGUAAAGGAGGCAAUUCUUCAUGAAAAACGCAUCGGAGCAUCCUUGCUGCGUUUGCAUUUCCAUGACUGCUUUGUUAAUGGCUGUGAUGGAUCAGUGCUGCUAGAUGACACACCUUUCUUCUUGGGGGAGAAGACUGCAUUCGCAAAUCUGAAUUCAAUCAGAGGAUUCGAGGUGGUUGAUAAAAUCAAAGCAGCAGUGGAUAAGGCUUGCAAACAUCCUGUAGUAUCAUGCGCAGAUAUCUUGGCUGUAGCUGCUCGUGACUCUGUAGCCAUAUUGGGUGGUCCACAAUAUUGGUACCAAGUGUUACUAGGCAGAAGAGAUGCAAGAAAUGCAAGCAGGGAUGCUGCGAAUGACAAUCUUCCAGCUCCAUUUUUCAACUUUCAACAGCUUCUUGCUAAUUUCCAAACUCAUGGACUAAACCUCAAGGAUUUGGUGGUCCUCUCCGGUGGCCAUAGCAUUGGAUUAGCAAGGUGCAUUAACUUCAGGGACAGGAUCUUCAAUGACACCAACAUAGACCCCAAAUUUGCUUCCACUUUGCGUGAGUCAUGCCCUCGAAGAGGAGGAGACAAUAGCUUAGCACCCCUUGAUGCCACUCCUUCAAAAUUUGACACCACAUACUAUAAAUCUUUGUUGUACAAAAAGGGUCUCCUCCAUUCUGAUCAAGAGCUGUUCAAGGGUGAUGGUUGUGAAAGUGACAGUUUGGUGAAACUAUACAGCAAUGANCAUAUCAAAUUUUCAUAUAAUUGGUACAAGUCAGAAGCUAAUAGCAAAAUUUGA